AUGACAGGGUCAAAGGCAACAACAGCAGACUCUAAUAACAGAGUUCUGGCCGGGUACCGGCCCCCCCUUUCUUGGGAUCUGUAUGUGCUCUUCUCCCCCCAUCGUUAUGUCUCACAUGACCACUUUUUCUUAAGUUCAAUCAUUGCCUCAUACGCAGCCCCCUCCCCCCACCUUAGCCUUUCUCUGCCACAAGUCACUCUAGGCAUGUCUUUCCCUCACUACCCCACCAACGCAUCCCAGCCCUACUACCAUUACAUGUACAACUGCCUUCCCCAUCAACCUGCAGCAUACCCACAUCCCCAAAACUCCAACUACGGUUGGCCUGCAUCAAACAACCUUGCCUUCAACCAUCCCAACCACCCUCAUCAUCCAUACACCCACAUUCUUCACUACUUCCACGUACCCUCACCGGCCAACCCUGGCCACUCAGCCUACGCCCCUUACAACCAACAACACUUCGCGGCCCCACACCAAUACGUUCAACCGCCCACUCCUCACCGUUUUGAGCAGCCUCACCCGCCCGACUACCAACACUAUCAGCGAAGGCCUUCUCACCGCCACAUGGACCGCUACGUCGCCCAGGCGCGCGCUGGCUCACGCCUGCCUCUCAAGACCAUCUAUCUUGUUCGCCAUGGCGAGUCUACGCACAAUGCCCAAUCACAUUCCUACCGUCGUGUCGGCUUCAAUGAUGCCUCCUACCUCGACGCUCCUCUCACACAGCUUGGUGGGGGACAAGCCGCACGUUUAGUACACCACCUGCCAACACUUGAUAUCGAGCUCGUCGUCGCGUCGCCACUGAGACGGGCCACGCAAACUUGCUUCAUCGCCACGGAAAAGAUGCCACAACCGCUGCUGCCGCUCAUUCAUCCCCUCUGCAUUGAGCGCCUUGCCACCGCAGGCGACAUCGGCUCUCCAGUCAGUGUGCUAGAACAGAAGUACCGGUAUUUGGACUACUCUCGUCUCUCACCUGAGGAUAGCUGGUGGUGGUCCCCAGUGGGAGCUCAAAGCCGUGGCCAGAUGGAGAGUUUGAAGCUCCUGUGGAAGUAUCAGGGCUCCAAUAGGGGCAUGGAACCCAAAGAUCACUUCAUGAAACGAGUUAAUGACUUUCGACUAUGGUUGCUCCAGAGGCCCGAGACCACUAUCAUUGUCUUUUCCCACGGUGCGUUCUUCCGUGCCCAAAUGUUGGUAGUGGCGUUCACCAGCACAGAUUCAAUCGCUCUUUCAGUUCUAAGGUUUCACGAAACCUGGUGCGCCUGUUCCACUCUUUCGAAUGGACAAUACACUACAAGACCAGAAACACUUUCGAUAUCUUGUACGCUUGCCUGCCCAACCUUUUUGGCGCACGCUUCGGCGCGCAAAAGUAAACCGUUUUGGAUUUUCGAAAACAUCGUCCAGCCAGAGGCCCGUACAUACAAAGCUUGUCAAUGGUCAAACGGCUGUGAGGACGCAUCUAGGCGAGAGAAACAGUAUUACGGUUCACAGCAGAGCUGA